ACAUCAGUCAAAAUUAGUCUUUACAAUUGCUGCAAUGCAUCUUUGGGGUUUUUGUUUUGAGCAGAUAGGAGAAACCUUGGCUUGAGAGAACAUCUCUUUUUAUACGUUUUUGCUGCACAGUCCCAUACACUGAAAUUACCGUCUAAAUGGACAAAGAGCAACACCUUUCUUGAAAUAAAUCCACUUUCUUCAAAGUUUUAUAUUCAACAUCGAGAGAUGCCACUGGACGACCAACCAAACCAUGGCACUGAACCUUCUGGUUCAGACCAGAGCCCUGACCCGACACAAGCCCAAGCGGAAGGAGGGUCUAAAGAGGUUGAAAACCAAGCCUCGGACUCAGAUCCUCUGGAAUCCUCUGGAGAAGGAGAGGUUCUUAGGAAGCGGCAACGACAGCACUCGCCGGCUCCAGGAUCCGCUUCAGGUGGACUGCAUGGAGGCUUUGCUGGAAUUGAAGCCUCUCCUCAUAAGAACAAAACUUUUGAAGAGUUGAUCACAGCUGCUGGCCUCGUCUCCAACAUGGCCCUUGCCCAUGAGAUUGUUGUCGAUGGGAAUUUCAAGCUGUCACCUCGUGACAUGCCUGAAAACUCAAUUGAGAAGCAGGUACACAAGGUCGUUCACCAGGCAUUCUGGGAUAGCUUGAGCGCUCAGCUUUCCGACGAUCCACCAUCGUAUACGCAUGCUGUCACUCUCAUCGGGGAGAUUAAAACGAUUCUACUAUCGCUGCUCCUACCACACCAUGACAAGCUGAAAUGUCAAAUUCUUGAGGUCAUUGACCUCUCUCUCAUCCAGCAACAAGCGGACCACCAGGCCCUCGAUGUCAGCAGACUAAUUGCCUUCGUAGUCCAAGUAAUGUCCAAGCUCUGUGCUCCAGUCAGGGAUGAGGAGAUUGCUAAAUUGGCAACCCUGACCGAACCAGUAGAAAUUUUCAGGGAGAUUUUCCGAGUCUUGGACCUGAUGAAGCUAGACAUGGCAAACUUCACCAUCCAGAGUCUGAGGCCACACCUUCAGCAGAAGUCUAUCGAGUACGAGAGGAACAAGUUCCAGGAAUUCCUCAAAACCCAGCAAGACGGCUUACAGUACACAAGAGAAUGGUUAGAGCAAGCAAGAGAGAAUCUAACAGAUAAGGUCAAGAAACAACAAGCGUUGCAGCAACAGCAACAACAACAGGCAUCUUCAUCAAGCGAAGGAGCCAGCAACAUCGGGCCAACACCAAGCCCUCUCAUCUCACCGGCCGCCAUCUUGAAUCACGCUUAUGUCGAUCUGUUGAACUCUGAUCCUCGGGAGGGCAUGACAUUUCCAGAGACCGUCUUGAUGGAUCAAGGAAGGUUCUAUGACCUUGGAUCACAGGUCAGGAAGAUUGUCCUGGUAGGCUCUGUCCUUCUGGUGACCUACACCAACACAGGGAACAUGUUAGCAGGUAUCCAGGGAUUCCCCAGUCAGCUCAAACACAAUCUCUUCAUCCUCUUGGACGACGUGAGUGAUUUCAGCGCUGUGAUCGAUAACCUGGCUGAACAAGUAACAAAAGAAGUAAACGAGUGCUUGAAGACCCAUGGCUUCCCGGAGUUUGAUGAACUGAGGAUAGAGGCAUUUAAGAGCCAGAUCAGAUCUCUAGGUCUCAAAGAUAAUCAUAUUCACAGUAUUCUAGACUCGAGACUAAGAGGAUUCCUAGUGACAGCCAUUGCGGCGCCCUCUAAGUUCGACCCUUCAGCAAACAUUCCACCAGGCCUGACCACCAUGCAGAGCCAGGUCCUUGAAACAACCAAAGCCUUCGUCCGUCUGGUCAUCCACAACAGGUCAGUCUUCGGACCUUUCUACGCUGAAAUACUUUCUAAGAUGGUACAGUCUCAGGUCGCCGAGUAAAUGGACACAAGGCAUUUCUCGCAAUGUCAACAUGGACCUGCGGGGAGCACUUCUAUAAAGGACUUGUCAGACAUUUUAUCCGACAAGUUCUGUUUUAUUCAACAGUUACCAUGGUAAUAGUUCUCAGCCAAUCAAAAUCAAGGAAGGUUGUCAGAUCUGACAACUUGUCGGACGAAACUGCUGUUGAAAUGCCACUCCAGUUCCCUGUGCUCCAAUGGCAAUCGGGGCUAAAUCUGCAUCUGCAAGGAUCCAGGAUGCAUUUCUUGUUUUAUAGAAGCAGCAGCCAAUCAGCGUGCUCGUUUGAUGUCACAUGUCUGCGGUCGAAAUGUUGAAAAAGAGAAGACUGAAUGGAAGAAGAUAAUAACUUUCAUUAUCCAGUGGGAACAAUGACCAAUAAAAGUCAAGGAUUCUGUGGAUGUUACCAUUGCAAGCUAGUUUCGAUGGUAUAGUUUUCCAGAAUGCGAACUGCAAUAAAAGGAGCCGUGAAGCCUGGGAGCUGUGGGGGCUCCAGCAAUUUUUCAUGGAAAUAACCAUGAAAAUGUGAUUUUAUGCGUAUUUAGUAACCCCCCCCCCCCCCUUUUGAAAAUUGUUCCACAGCUCUUGUGUGAAGAACCUGACACUGGAAUAAACCAUCACAUUGGCAGGAUGUAUGUGUACAUAUAUAUAUAAUGCAAAUAAGAGUUUUUGCAGUGCAUAGCUAUAGAGUGCUGGAACUUUAUGUGGUGCCCGAUAUAUUGCCAUUGCCAAUUUGAAUCAGGAAGUUGACAUCAGGAAAAAAGAUACAUGGAGGCUCGGGGAUGUUCUCCUUAAAUGCUCAAACGAGCUCCUGAAAAUCCCCAUUUAGUGAACAAUUCCCCCCCCCCCCCUCCCCCCGGUUUACAUCUAAAAUGUUUCUGCUUUUUUGAGAUGAUAUGUCAUCAUUAUCAUUAUUUUUUCAUUAAUUUUGAUUUUUCAUUAAUUUUGAUUUUUCAUUAGGGAAUUUUAGAUUAUUUUUUCAUUAAGAGCUUUUAAUGAAUAUUUCGUUUUUAUGUAACCUCAAUACCUCAAGAAUGUUAAAUUGAGAGAUAUCAAUUUGUUAAGUUUUGUGUUGCAAAAUUGUUUCUUGAUAUUUAUUUUAGAACUUCUAUUAUGAAAUGAUGAGUAAAUAAUAAUAGAUAAUUUAUUUUGUAGAUAUUAAAAGAUAAAAUCUAGCAUCAUAAUAGAACAGAUUAGAAUUAUUUAGAAUUAUUGUCUUGUCUUGGCUUGCUCCUUGAGGAUCUCAUCCCAAACUCUCAUGUUUAUUACCAAAUGUGAUAAACCUCAAUUUACAUAAUGAUAGCAACUUCAUUGUUGCAGGUUUCCAUAUUAUUGUGGCACUAUGGGAUGAGGUGUGAGUUUGAAUUUUGUCAGACGUGUAUCAAUCAGAUAUACCGU